AUGACGAGGAAAGUCACAGCGGGCGUUUUCGUUGCGGUUCUAAUUUCGUCUUGGACCUGUUGUGUGGGGGUGUACCUCGCAAACUUGUCGAACGAGUGUCUCCGGUGCCUGUGUCAUGUGUCCACGAAGUGCGACACCUCGCAUCAGUGCACCGGGGGGUAUUGUGGCCCGUUCAACAUCUCCCGUGUCUACUGGGUGGACGCUGGGCGAGUCACUCUGCCCGAGGAUGAUCCCGACAGAAAUCACGCCUGGGAAGACUGCGCCCGAGAUUUCAGCUGCUCGAAGAGAAUUAUAGCCGGAUAUUUAUCACGGUUCGGACAGGAUUGCAACUCCGAUGGAGUGACCAAUUGCUACGACUUCAUGAUGGUGAAUGGAAACGGGGGCUACAACUGUCAAGGCAACCUGAACAGGUCUGAUAGCGGAAGACGUUGGCUGAAGAGGUUCGAGGAGUGUCGACGAUCAAUACUAAAUUAG